AUGCCUUUACGCAUUGAUAAAUUUUUAAAAUUUCACGUUAAUUCAACCAUCGGUUCUAUGAACAUAAUCGGAAGUACACUCGGUGCAUCAAAACCUGAAAUUCAGUAUGAUAAUUAUUUAAUAGAUAAAAAAGAUGAAGAAGUUGAAAAUGAACAAAGUGAUAAUAGUGGUAUUAAUAUGAAUACUUAUGAUUGGUUUGCACAUAACACUGAGACAAAUGAUGACAAUGUAAAUGAAUUCCAUUUAGAAACUCAGAAAAAUGAUGAAAAUUUAAAUGAAUUCAAUUUAGAAAUCGAAAAAAAUGAUUCGUUUGAAGAUUGGAGAGGACUUGGAAAACCAAUUACAAUCAAAAAUGUUUCGUGUGGGGUCACCAACGAUUUAAAUAAUUGA